ACGUCAGAGUUGUACAUCCCACGGAUCCCGUAUAGCAAUGACGCGGAUGGAUAUUGAAAGCCCUUUGCUGUAGCUGGAGAGUGGAAGGUUAGAAAGUCUUGGUCUGAGUAGCAGGCUGGUAGGAUGGCGGAAGCGUUCCUAGAUGGAAAGGAUGCUCACUCUCUCCUCAAGCGCUUCCCCCGAGCCAACAGUUUCCUGGAGGAGUUCAGACAGGGUAACAUCGAACGGGAGUGUGUGGAGGAGAGCUGCAGCUUCGAGGAGGCCAAUGAAGUGUUCGAGAACAAAGAGAGAACAAUGGAGUUCUGGAAGACUCGCAGUGUGUACACGGUGAGCAGCCACGAGCAGACCAGGGACGGCCGUUCAGAGGGCCACCUCUACAUGGUGGUUCCCCUGCUGGGCGUGGCUCUCCUCCUCCUCAUCGCCCUCUUCCUCAUCUGGAGGUGCCAGCUGCAGAAGGCCACACGGCGGCGGCCCGCCUACACCCAGAACCGCUACAUGAACAACCGCAACACCCGCAGCCUGCCGCGCAUCCUGGUCCACCGGGACACGCCAUCCCACUCCGAGACCCCCUUAUCCAGGCCCACGGUGGUGGUGAGUGGGGUGGAGAGAGUAGUAGGAGGAAGUGGAGGAGGGUCGCUGGUUUGCGCUGCAAACGUUCCCCAAGAACCUCACUCCCACCCUCAGAACACUCGCUCAGCCCUGUACGUCCAGGAUUCGUCUGUGUCAGUAGCGUCGCGUCUCUCCGGUGCCACACCUCCUCCUUCCUAUGAGGAGGUGACAGGACACCUGGAGAGCAGCAGCGACGAGGUGUCGGCGCCGUACAGCGACCCUCCGCCCAAAUAUGAGGAGAUUGUCAAGGAGAAGUAAGCAGGGAGGGAUGGAGGGAGGGAGGCUGGGCCGGGCGUCAUACUGUCAGAUCCAUCCCUCCCUCCAUUGUCCUUGUCUCUGGUCUGAGGGGCUGGCAAACUGCUAGCUAUCCGUGGGAAAGAAUGCACUGUGGUAUCUAAUAUCUUGAAGCACUUGUUGUAUCUAUCGCUGACUGACUACUGUACAAGGUUUGGAACGACGAUGAUCUGUGCUACACUGUGUUUUCUUCUUGAGUUAUCUAUCUUGCCAAUGCCUGGGGUUUGGCAGGCGUGUUUUGAUUUUGCGUUGUUGUUAUGCAUCAGUGUUUCUCACUGUACUCUGAAUGUGGUGGUCAUUGUUUACUAGUGCGUAUGACUCUGCAGUGAAGCGCUAUAUCCAUAAUAACUGUAUAUUUAUACUGUCUACUUUACCACCUUUCUCUCAUCACACCAGCUGUAGCUAGUCACUUGGAGAAAUACAAUCGCUGCGUCUACACUGCCAUCCCCCCUAAACACUGAAGAAACGACACCUUUCCCGGACACCCUGAGGCACCUUUAAAUGUGUCAGCCAUCCCAAAUGGUGCCCUAUUCCCUACAUAGUGUACUCACUACUUUUGACCAGGGUCAUUUGGGACGUGGUUGUGAGAGGAAUGGAACAUUGCCAAGUCACCCUCCAUCCCCUGAGAGGAAGAGACUACUGUGUGGAUGAAGGUAGUGAGGAAGUUUCCAAGCCCUCAGUAGUACUUCUUCCUCUCCAGAGUUGUGCCAUGACUCAUGAUAAAGGAGAGUUGAUUUGCCAAAUGUGCACUGCUGAUUACGUGUACUGCUUUCUAAACACACAAAAUGAAAAGAAAAAGUAUAUUCUUUCAUUUAUUGAAAAUAGUAUGGUUUAACAAACAGAAACAGUAGCCAGUGCUUGUGGACUAUGGGACUAUAGGACUAUCUUAUUAUGAAGAGGAUGCAGCCAGACACAGUGGAUGAGUUGGGAUCUUCAGUGUUUCUCCUCUUUGUCUGAAUCCAACGCCAAGGCCGUCUUUCUCCACAUACAUCCUCUGGUCAUGGAAGGGCCUUGAAUUAAGAGGAAACGGAUGCACUCCAAGUCUAUGGUGGGAAGAACACGCAUACUAUCUCAAAAUGUCAAUCAGGUAUUUGAGUUUUUGGCUAAUUAGAAAAUAAUUGAAUGACCUGAUAAUUAAUUUCAGUCCUUUAUUAAGCUAACCAGUAAAUAUACUAUCUUACACACAUAAACAAAGACACACAGGUACGCACGCACGCACAAGGACACACACACACACACACACACACACACACACACACACACACACACACACACACACACAGGUACGCACGAAUGCACACACAAACACACACACGGGUACGCAGACACACACACACGCACAUGUACGCACGCACGCACACACACACACACACAAGUACGCACGAAUGCACACACCCAACACACACACACACGGGUACGCAGGCACGGACACACACACACACACACACACACACACACACACACACACACACACACACACACACACACACACACACACACACACACACACACACACACACACACACACACACACACACACACACACAGAGGAAGCACAAUCAGUAGCUCUGACAACAUUCCAGUCAACCCUCAGCCUAUCCCUCUCAAAGCUGCAGAGUGAGUUUUACAAUGCUGGCUUCAGUACUGCUGUGCUAUAACUGUUUACAAUUGCUACUUUUUAAAAUCUUGUUUAAAUAGAUGCGUAAGAAAUCUCUAGACUAGUGAGCCAUGGUCGGGUAUAUCACCAUCAUGACUGCUGAAUGGUACAAAUGCUCUUCUUUUCUUUAGUCUCUUCUUGUUUUGUUGUUUGCCUUUUGACUGCUUUUUCACUUGUGUCUCGUUUUGUUGGUGUUCAAACCUUGUUGAACCAGACAUCCACCAACCAGGACAUGCAACAGAAGUAGUGUUUCAGAAUCAGCUCUGGUUGCCAGCAGUAACAGUCUCUAUGUUAUAUACUAACCACUGCCAAUGGCUGGACCAAAUGGGAUCACAAGAUAACUCUGACUUGUACUGCAAUACCUGGAGUACCUGUUUUUUACACAGGGGAGAGAGAAAAGGAGCGACCAAGGGCAGAGAGAGAGAGGGAGAUAGGGAGCGGGAGAUGCCCUCUGGCCUGUCUGGGGCCUUCUCCUCAAGGUUAGCAAUGUAAGCGUCUGGCCUGGGCUUAGUCUGCUCUGCAGUUUUCCAAGGAAGGAGGGAUGACAAAACACUAGGGCUUCUGCAGCGAAGGGAAGGAGGGAUGGACACAGGGCUACUGCAAUGGUCCUUUCCUUUCUAGAGGAGCUAGAUGCUGGCUGCUUCUGAUGAUGUGAGCACUGUCUGUCUGCUUCUGAUGAUGCAAGCAUUGUCUGUUUCUGUCUGCUGACUAGUUCCUAGUGUCCCCGGGCUCUCAAGGCUCUUUACACUGACAUCUAUUCUACAGUUUGUGCUGAUUCAUAUUCAUGGAAUGAACAAUGUGUGAGAGUGUGUGUGCGUGUAUGUGUGUGUGAGAUCCUGUAUUUGUGCCCAAACUCUCCUUAAAAAUUCACUUCACUAAAGAUUGAAAUACUCCACAAAAACAAUUGUUUAUGUUCUUUAUUAUAUCUAUAUAUUCAUGCAUGUACAUGUAAAUAUACAGUGCGUUCGGAAAGUAUUCAGACUCCUUGACUCUUUCCACAUUUUGUUAUGUUACAGCCUUAUUCUAAAAUUGAUUAAAUACUGUUUUCCCCUCAGAAGUCUACACACAUGUCACGCCCUGGUCUUAGUAUUUUGUGUUUUCUUCAUUUAUUUGGUCAGGCCAGGGUGUGACAUGGGUUUUUGUAUGUGGUGUGUUUUGUAUUGUUUUUUUUUUCACAUGUAUUGGGAUGGUAGCUUAGUGGGGUGUUCUAGGUGAAUCUAUGGCUGUCUGAAGUGGUUCUCAAUCAGAGGCAGGUGUUUAUCGUUGUCUCUGAUUGGGAACCAUAUUUAGGCAGCCAUAUUCUUUGAGUGUUUCGUGGGUGAUUGUCCUUUUGUCCUUAUGUCCUUUUCCUGUCCUUGUUCGGUGUUAGUUUACACCAGUAUAGGCUGUUUUCGGUUUUCUUGUUACGUUUGUUGUUUUUUGUAUUUUGAUUCGUGUUUACUUUUGUUUAUUAAACAUGGAUCGCAAUCUACACGCCGCAUUUUGGUCCGACUCUCCUUCGCACAUAGAAAACCGUAACAGAAUCACCCACCACAACAGGACCAAGCGGCGUGUCAACAGGCAGGAGAAACAACAGAGGCAGCAGCAGCAGCAGCAGCAGCAGUGGGAGAGGCUGCACUAUUUGGAUAAAUGGACUUGGGAGGAGAUCCCUGACGGAGAAGGACCCUGGGAGCAGCCUGGAGAAUAUCGCCACCCCAAGGAAGAACUGGAGGCGGGAAAAGCGGAGAGGCGCUGGUAUGAGGAGGCAGCACGGCGACGCGGAUGGAAGCCCGAGAGUCAGCCCCAAAAAUGUAUUGGGGGGGGGCUAUCAGGGAGUAUGGCGACGCUAGGUAGGAGACCUACGCCAACUUCCUGUGCUUACCGGGGCUAGAGAGACCGGGCAGGCACCGUGUUAUGCUGUGGUGCGCACGAUGUCCCCAGUGUGGGUUCAUAGCCCGGUGCGGUACAUUCCAGCUCCGCGUAUCGGCCGGGCUAGAGUGAGCGUCGAGCCAAAUGCCAUGAAGCCGGAUCUACGCAUCUGAUCACCAGUGCGUCUCCUUGGGCCGGCUUACAUGGCACCAGCCCUGCGCACGGUGUCCCCGGUUCGCCUGCAUAGCCCAGUGCGGGAGAAUCGAAAUAGAGCCCAGGUGCAUCCUGCUUCUACUGAUCAUAUUUGAGAUAUUUUUACAACUUGAUUGGAAUCCACCUGUGAUAAAUUCAAUUGAUUGGACAUGAUUUGGAAAGGCACACACCUGUUUUUUUAUAAGGUCCCACAGUUGACAGUGCAUGUCAGAGCAAAAACCAAGCCAUGAGGACGAAGGAAUUGUCCGUAGAGAUCCGAGACAGGAUUAUGUUGAGACACAGAUUUGGGGUUGGCGUACCAAAAAAUGUCUGCAGUAUUGAAGGUCCCCAAGAACACAGUGGCCUCCAUCAUUCUUAAAUAGAAGACGUUUGGAACCACCAAGACUCUUCGUAGAGCUGGCCGCCCAGCCAAACUGAGCAAUCGGGGGCGAAGGUCCUUGGUCAGUGAGGUGACCAAUAACCAGAUGGUCACUCUGACAGCUCUAGAGUUCCUCUGUGGAGAUGGGAGAACAUUCCAGAAGGACAACUAUCUCUGCAGCACUCCCCCAAUCAGGCCUUUAUGGUAGAGUUGCCAGACGGAAGCAACUCCUCAGUAAAAGGCACAUGACAGCACAUCUGGAGCUUGCCAAAAGCCACCUAAAGAGUCUCAGACCAUGAGAAACUAGAUUAUUUGGCCUAAAUGCCAAGGGUCACAUCGAAAGGAAACCUGGCACCAUCCCUACGGUGAAGUAUGGUGGUGGCAUUAUCAUGCUGUGGGGAUGUUUUUCAGCAGCAGGGACUGAGAGACGAGUCAGGAUCGAGGGAAAGAUGAACAGAGCAAAACACAGAGAGAUCCUUGAUGAAAACCUGCUCCAGAGCGCUCAGGACCUCAGGACUGGGGUGAAGGUUCACCUACCAACAAGAUAACGACCCCAAGCACAAAGCCUGUGUAGGAGUGGCUUCGGGACAAGUCUCUGAAUGUCCUUGAGUGGCCAAGUCAGAGCUCGGACUUGAACCUGAUCAAACAUUUCUGGAGAGACCUGAAAAUAGCUGUACAGCAACGCUCCCCAUCCAACCUGACAGAGAUUGAGAGGAUCUGCAGAGAAGAAUGGGAGAAACUCCCCAAUUACAGGUGUGCCAAGCUUGUAGCGUCAUACCCAAGAAGAAUUGAGGUUGUAAUUGCUGCCAAAGGUGCUUCAACAAAGUAAUGAGUAAAAGGUCUGAAUACUUAUGUAAAUGUCAUAUUUCAGUUUUUUAUUAUUAAUACAUUUUAAUUAGAACUGUUUUUGCUUUGUCAUUAUGGAUUAUUGUGUGUAAAU